AGGUAUAUAAGUUCACCUACUAUACUCUUCCACAGUACCGAGCAGAUGUUGUGGUCCCCUGUCGUAUGGUGGAGAUGAUCAGGGUUAUUCGCCAACGAGACUUCCCAGCAUUUGGUGAGCUGACCAUGAAAGACAGUAAUCAGUUUCAUGCCACCUGCCUGGAUAGCUACCCACCAAUAUUCUACCUGAACAACGUAUCCCACCGAAUCAUCAGCCUUGUGCACCGCUACAACCAGUUCUAUGGAGAGACCAGGGUGGCAUAUACCUUUGAUGCUGGUCCUAAUGCUGUUAUUUACACCUUGCAAGAGCAUGUAUCAGAGUUUGUACAGGUGGUUCGUCAUUUCUUUCCCUCAGAAACCAAUGGAUCAGACUUUGUCAGAGGUCUUCCUGUAUGUUCAGCUGACCUCUCGGAGGAGCUGAAGAGGGACCUUAAUAUGGAGCCAACUCCAAAGGGCAUACACUACAUAAUCAGCACUAAGGCUGGUCCUGGACCAUGUGUGGUGGAGGAUGAUCCAAACCAUCAUUUGUUGGGUGUUGAUGGGCUGCCCAAGAAUGCAGUUUCAGAUUAACCUUAAAGAUCCUUUUAGAACUAAAAAAAAAAAAAAAAAGAUGUUGCAUAAAUAUAUACUAAACUUUGUAAAUAUGUUUUAAUAUUAAUUGUUGUCUAAAGAGAACAUUUGCUCUAAAUAAAAUAAUGAUUUUUAAUGAUGA